UCCAUUCAUUGACGGCAGCAUUUCAUUGUUUGUUAUUUAUCGAAAAUCUCCGAGACGAAAAUAGGAUACGCACAAGAGUGUUCUAUCCAUUAUUUUUGUAAAAUUUUUCUUAUUGUUGAAGCUACUAUCUGUUCUAUUUAAAAGAAAGAGUGAAAGUUUAUUCUUUUGUGUGAUUACUAUUGUUUGGGCCGCUAAGUUCUUGUCACAAAGGCUUGGCCGUUCGACUGAAUUAAGUCUAAUUUGUUUCAAGUGGUUUCUCGUUCCGUGCACAGUUAACACUGAUUAGACAUGCAAAACGUAAUAAAUUCGGUUAAGGGAACCGCACUGGGAGUAGCCGAAUAUCUGACUCCAGUACUGAAGGAAUCUAAGUUUAGAGAGACUGGAGUGUUAACACCGGAAGAAUUCGUUGCGGCUGGCGAUCAUUUGACCCAUCACUGUCCCACUUGGGCGUGGGCAGUUGGGGAUGAUAGCAGAAUUAAGCCAUAUUUGCCAAAGAAUAAGCAAUUUUUGAUUACGCGAAAUGUACCAUGCUAUAGGCGCUGCAAACAAAUGGAAUACGUUGGUGAGGAAACGUUGGUUGAAGAAAGUGAUCAGGAUGGUGGUUGGGUGGAAACACACCACUAUAAUCCGGACGAACCGUCCGGAUCAGGUUUGGACGACAAGGUAUGUGAGAUGACCUUGGACGGUGGUAAAACGGACGACGAUGACAUUGCCGCCGAUAUGGAUGAUCCAAAGAAUUUGGAAGAAGCUGAUGAAGACGGGGAAGAGGGUGCAGCUAUCGAUAUGGACGAAUUCGAAGAAAGUGGUCUGCUGGACGAAGACGAUCCUUCGAGAGCUACCGUGCCAGUAGAAAACGUGAAAAAAAAGGUCACCGAUACCGACGGAGAUUCGGUCGUCCAUACAAGAACCUACGAUUUACACAUCACCUACGACAAGUACUACCAAACGCCACGCCUAUGGGUGGUGGGUUACGAUGAGAAUCGUAAGCCGCUGACGGUCGAGCAAAUGUACGAAGAUGUGAGCCAAGACCAUGCCAAAAAGACGGUUACAAUGGAAACACACCCGCAUCUACCAGGCCCAAACAUGGCGUCUGUUCAUCCUUGCAAGCACGCUGAUAUAAUGAAAAAAAUAAUUCAAACCGUGGAGGAAGGUGGCGGCGAACUGGGAGUUCACAUGUAUCUCAUCAUCUUUCUCAAGUUUGUUCAAACGGUUAUUCCCACUAUCGAGUAUGAUUUUACGCAAAAUUUUAACAUCACUAAUAAGUAAAGCACCCUUUCACGUAACGUACUGACGAUUGAUAGCUUAAGGCGAGAAAAGGAACAGCCAACAAUAUCGCUACUCAAAUGCGCACUACCUAUACGAUUCAACUGCAUGCUGCAUAGCUUGAGCAUCAUUUUCCAUUAUAGAGAAGCUUCAAUCGUUGAUGCCAAUUAUAGUUUUUUUUUAUCGAAGCAUGUUGUAAGCUGCAAACACCACGAUAUUAUGAAAUGGAAUAAAAAAUUGUGAAAAGCAAAAAUAUUACGCAGGGAUCGCAUUCUACGAAAGAUGGUCGAUGUAAAAAAUAUUUUGAAUACAUGGAAUGAAUA